AAAAAUGUCGGAAAGUUGGUUUGCACGAAUUUAAUGAUUUGUCAGCACCGCCUGUCCUUGGACUUCACCCAUGUUUUGGCGUUGAAGUAGGUUGUAAAUACAGGUUCCAUGCAAAAACUGAUGACUUGUUAGAUUUAACGUGUUUAACGCCUGUCGCAGAUCUCUAAAACAGUUGUUGACGUUUCCAUUGGUUUAAUGUGAUUGAAAAGCACUAACUAAAAUGUCUCAACACUGGGAGCCUGAUGAAAACACUGCACUGCUAAGAAAUGAAAAUGGUAAAGCAUUUAAGGAAACCCAAGAACAGUACAAGAGCCGAUGGAGGUCUGUCCGAGUCAUGUAUCUCACAAUGUUUCUCAGCAGUAUGGGUUUUUCUAUUGUCAUAACAUCAAUAUGGCCGUAUCUUGAAAAGAUUGAUUUGACUGCUGACGCCAGUUUUUUGGGCUGGGUUGUUGCAGCGUACAGUGUUGGACAGAUGGUGGCUUCACCUAUCCUUGGUUUAUGGUCUAAUUAUAGACCAAGAAGGGAGCCUCUUAUAGCCUCCAUAUUCAUCAAUGUGGCAGCUAACAUCUUCUACGCAUACGUGCAUCUCCCGCCCUCCCACAACAAAUACUACAUGCUGGCAGCUCGCACCUGUGUGGGCAUAGGUGCAGGAAACGUAGCAGUUGUGAGAUCCUACGUUGCUGGUGCAACAACACUUAAUGAGCGGAACAGUGCUAUGGCGAACAUGAGCGCCAGUCAGGCUCUAGGAUUUAUACUGGGUCCAGUUUUACAGGCAUGCAUGUCUUUUAUUGGUGAGAGAGGUGUCACCUGGGAGCUCAUUGACCUGCAGCUCAACAUGUACACAGCUCCAGCUCUGCUGGGAUCGCUGUUCGGAGUUAGCAAUAUUGUGCUUGUCAUUGCUGUCUUAAGGGAACACUGUGUGGAUGAUCUUGGAAGAAGUUUCAACGUCAAUAGUAUUUCGGAAGAACGAGUUGAAGUGACUGGAGACGCGGAGGAGCAUAUCGAUCAGGUGGCCGUAGUGACGUCAAACCUCCUGUUCUUUGUCAUCCUUUUCAUAUUUGCAGUCUUUGAAACGAUCUCCACUCCUCUGUCAAUGGACAUGUAUUCUUGGACAAGGACACAGGCAGUUUAUUACAAUGGCAUUAUUUUGGCAGCAAUUGGGUUUGAAUCCAUCCUAGUAUUUAUGGCAGUAAAAAGCAUAUCUAAAAUAACUGGAGAUCGACUGGUGCUUCUUGGAGGACUAGUGAUUAUUUUGUGUGGAUUUUUAAUUUUGCUUCCAUGGGGGAACCAGUUUCCAAAGAUCCAGUGGGCAGGUUUUCAGAACGCUACCACAAAUGGGACAAACGACCUGUCUGAACCAACGGGCUGCCCUGCCCAACAGACCUGGUGCCAGUAUAUCCCUGUUAUCCACCUUUCCCAGUACAUCAUGUCUAACAUCCUGAUAGGUGUGGGAUAUCCAGCUUGUAAUGUCAUGUCCUACACGCUGUACUCCAAGAUUCUGGGAUCAAAACCUCAGGGUGUCUACAUGGGCUGGCUAACGGCCUCGGGAAGUGGGGCUCGGACUCUGGGGCCGGUGUUCGUCAGCCAGGUGUAUACCAGCCUGGGGCCUCGGUGGGCAUUCGGUACCAUCUGUGGACUGGUAGUAGCAGCUGUAGUUCUCUUGGCAGUGAUGUAUAACAGACUUAUUGCCUUUUCUGUGAGGUAUGGGAGAUUACAGCAGCAAGUAGCUUCUUAACAUUUUUCCAGCUUAUGAACUUACUGGACCUAAUGGUUUUCAUUCAUUCUACGCACAAAGACACAAGGAGUAUCUUUUUUUUUUAUAUAUUGGUACUAAGAGACUGUAGGGUCGCAAAAUGAAGUGCAGCGAUGAUCAGA